AUGACUUAUAACGCGCAUCCUUUUCAGCUUUUAGAAAUCAAUGUUAUAUCAGGCCAAGAUCUGGCUCCUGUAUCCAAAUCUAUGCGUACCUAUGCAAUAGUUUGGGUGCAUCCAGGAAGGAAACUGUCUACCAAGGUUGACCAAAAUGGCCACACCAAUCCUCAGUGGAAUGAAAAGUUUGUGUUCCGCGUUGAUGACACAUUCAUAAAUGCUGAAAACUCUUCUAUCAUGAUUGAAGUCUACGCUGCAGCAUGGCUACGCGAUGUUCAGAUUGGAUCUGUAAAUGUUCUGAUAAGCAACUUGUUUCCUUCCCAUAACAACAACAACAAAAUGCGCUUCGUUGCGCUUCAGGUUCGUCGCCCAUCAGGACGGCCUCAAGGUAUCCUCAACUUGGGGGUGCAGCUGCUGGACACUACAAUGCGCAGCAUGCCUUUAUACACUGAACUUAGUGUGUCUGCAGUAGGCUUCGAUGACCUCAUUGAUGCGAAAACCAUCGGUCAAAGCCUUGAAAAAAAGAGUGCAAAGUUGCGUCGCACGCAGAGUGACCAAACUGAUCAGACCAUCUCUGAUAAAUCUGGCAUAAAAGAGAGUGGUGUCAGGUCACUUGGUGGCUCGUUGAUUAAUUCUUCGGUGGUAAAACGAGAUAAUGGCAAUGGCAAUGGAAAUGGAAAUGGAAAUGGAAAUGGAAAUGGCAAUGGUAGCAUGAUCAAUGGAUCACUUUGCUCUGAUGUGGGGCCUUCCGCAUCUGUUGUAGCAGCAGCAAUUGCUAAAGGAUUGAUUAAAACACCAGCAAAUGCUGUUAAACACGAUACAGAUGGCGCAAGGAGCUCAGUUGUUGAGGAUUGGACCGAAAAUGAUAGUAUCGAAGGCCUAAGAACAAAACUCGAGAGAUGGAGAACUGAACUUCCUCCAAUUCAUGAUAGUGAUCUUCGGAAGAUGCAAUCGAAAAGUAGACGUAAGAAGCAUAGACGGAGGACAGAAGGUGGAGGUUUGUUUACAUGUUUCGGUUUCGGAUGUGAAAUUUCCAUUACUUGGGGUGGGCGUAAUAACAAGAAGAAGAAUGGCAUUGGCAAAGUCUGCCAUCUUAGCUCUGUGGACAGUCAAUCAUAUUUAUGAGAUGAUAAUGAGAGCGUGUCCAUCUCUUCUUAGCCAAAACAAAUGUUGGAAAUAACUUGAAACAAGUCAUGGUGCUUGUCAGGUUUUUUCUAAUUGUCCAUGCUUGUUAUUAUACAUCUUUGCAAACCUGUUUGCUGCAAUGGAUAAAGAUGAGGAUCGCAGCCUAUUAGUAUAUAUAUUUGGAAAUAUCUUUAUUGCUGUGUUUUGCAGGAUAGAUAAUCGCAGCCUGUUGUAGAACUUGAACAUCAUUUCCAGUAUUCUUUGCUUGGCUUGUUUUGCUUCUCCUAAGAACCCUUGCAUGCUCGAGUAUAAAUUGAUUUACAGUGACAGAUUGCUGCAUUGUCAAAGAAAGCCUUAAUGAGAGGGAAAUAAAUGCACCAAUGCUGGGUGGUGUUUAUAAAUUUAACACCGCAAGUUGAUGAUCCCUUCUAACAACUUGCAAGAUUAAACCAAAGAAAUUUUCAAAAGCUAUCUCUUAAUGAUCUUGACAGAUGCAUCUUGAUUCCUUUGUCCCUCACCAAACCUUCCCCUUUUCUAAACCAUGCAGCC